UUAGAGGCAUAUCGAAGCGAAGCGCGCACCAGGUACGUACGUAUCACAAGGGAGAAAGCAAGAGGACAAGCUAGAAAUUCUUAUUCGAAUAGACAAUUAUAUAUAGUUGAAGAAGAUCAAGAAGCAUAAGAAGGGGAAGAAACAUGAGGAGUGGCAUUGUGAAGAAGCUGUUGUUCUGCGGAGCAAAAAGCUUCCCAUCAGACUCAGACGCUGUCCCAGAAGGUCACGUACGCGUGAAUGUUGGUAAAGACAUCGUCUGCAAGUUUGAGAUGGAAGCCAAUUACCUCAACCACCCUCUGUUUGAGAACCUGCUUCGGCUCUCCGAGGAAGAGUUCGGGUAUUCCUAUGAUGGAGCCCUGAGGAUAGCCUGCGAGAUCGAUCUCUUCCAAUACCUUUUACAUCUCCUCAAGACCAGUAAUCCCUCCGCCCAUUACAUGGAACUUCCCGAUCUCGUUUCCAAGUUCUAUAGUGCCACCGCCAGACAUUUGCCUCCUCAAUAAUAACACACAUAUAUUAUAUAACUAAAUAUUCGAUUUCUCUUCUUCUUUUAAUUACCAUUGUCAUUUUUGUUAUUUCUUUUCCAUUUUUUUUUUUUAUACCCUGUAGGUAGGUAGGUUCGAAGUUAUUCUUUCUUCAACAUCCAUUCUUGCCAUGUUCUUUGACAUGUAAUGUAAUACUUGGAAGAUAAUGAGCAAACAAACAGCAACUCGAUCUGUACUCUUUCGCAUGGACA